AUGCAGCUCCUCAAGAAUAUAAAUGGAACAGUUUCACCAGGAGAAUUGGUAGCUGUUUUCGGUCCAUCAGGAUCUGGUAAGACAACAUUAUUGGACAUUCUGGCUAAUCGUAAGGAGAGCGGAGAUAUCACAGGUACCGUUUUAAUUAAUGGUGAGCCAUUCGAUGAAGAGUACAAGCGUCUUUGUUCCUACGUCGUCCAAGAGGACAUCUUGUUACCAACUAUUACCGUACGUGAAACACUCAGAUUCUAUGCAGAUUUGAAAUUGCCAUCGUCAUGGACCAACCGUGAAAAGGAAGAGCGUAUUCAAUCAGUGUUGGAACAAAUCGGACUAACUCAUCGUGCCGAUAUGAAAAUAGGUGGAAUGUUGCCAGGUGGAAUUCACGUAAGAGGUUUGUCCGGUGGUGAGAAGCGUCGUGUCACCAUUGGAUGUGGAUUGGUCACUUCUCCGUCGAUUAUGUUGCUAGACGAACCGACAUCCGGUCUCGAUACAACCUCUGCCAUGGCCGUAAUGAAAACACUAGUCGAGCUGACACAGGACAAAAAUGUAACUGUCAUCUGCACAAUUCAUCAGCCACGUUCUGAGAUCUAUCGUCUCUUUACCAAGGUGCUGGUUUUGAGUGAAGGUCGAUUGGUUUACUAUGGAUCCGAUCCAGUCAAUCAUUUCGUCGAUCUCGGUUAUCCUUUCCCAGAACAAACGAAUCCAGCAGACUAUAUAUUGGAUGCGGUUACGCAAAUCAAGGAGAAUGGUCGUGCCAAUGAAGUUGGUGACCGUCUAGCCGACAGUUAUUCAGCACAGGUUGCAGAAGUCAACGCCAGACUUGGAGCAGAUGUCGGAGCCAGUCGUGGACCAAAGAAAUAUAGUUCCGCCUACAACAAUGGGUUGUUCACUCAAUUCUUGGUGUUGUGGAAGCGUACUGGUCGCGAUUUUCUUCGUAAUCCAUCGAAUUCCAUCAUCCGUUUUGUUGUGGCUGCUUUUGUAGGUCUGCUUUUCGGUGCUUGUUUUGCCAAUCUCUCUUACACUGCUAAAGGAAUGCAAAGCAGAGCAGCAGUUUUGUUCUAUUUAGUCAUUAACAUGGUUCUCCAACCAUUUUGUUCCAUCAGUUUGUUCAUUUCCAAACGUACUCUUUUCAACGCCGAGAGAGCAGCACGUCUCUAUCAUACUCUUCCCUACUAUUUAGCCAUGAUGUUUUUCGAGUGUCUGGCUUGUAUUAUCACUGCAUUCAUUCUUGGAACAAUAGCCUACUGGUUUGCCGACCUAAACAAUGGAGUCGAUAAUUAUUUCUUUGCUAUGGCAAUUUUGGUGUUGGCUCAUUUCGCAGGUGAUUUCUUUAUGCUAUUUAUUUCGUGUCUGACUAUCCAGGUUGACUCUUCGUUUGCCAUCGGUGCAGGUGUCACCACUGUCUACCAGUUGUUUGCCGGUUUCUUUGUUACCAUUGACAGUCUUCCUAAAUCAUUUGGUUGGUUAAGAUAUAUUAAUUUUAUCUACUACUCAUUCCAAGCGAUGAUGGCCAACGAAUUUGAAAAUACCAAGAUGGAUUGUGGAUUGCCACAGUGUCCAACUGGAAAAGAUUUCCUCGAACAAUUCGGAAUGGAAGAUGCCAGAAAAGGUAUAGAUUUGGUUAUCGUAUCAGCUUUUGCAAUUGCAUUCUUUGGUUUGAGAAAAUACACUACUGGUGGAGGGACCUUUCAGAUCGCGCAAUUUCCAAUCUCAGUCCCUGCAUAUAUCCAAGGUCAAAGCUACUACGUAACAGCAUAUUCCGGCUGUACUCUUUAA